UCUGGAGCUGUCACAGUGCCAGGAGUAGCGCUGGAGCUCUCACAGUGUUGGGGGAGCCACAGUGCCUCUCUCCGGGACCGAGAGUAGCCCCAGGGCUUGUCCCGGUGGGCUGGAGUAGCCCCAGGGCUCUGCAGUGCCCCGGGGCUGCCCCGAGGCCGGCCAGCAGGGAUGGCACACGAGGACGUGAGCUAUUACCAGGGCCAGUACCGGAGCAGGCUCCUGCCCCUGCUCAGGGAGCUGCGGGCGGCCGAGGAGGACUCCAGCAGCUCCUUCGUCUGCGUGCUGAGGAAGAUGAAGGAGGUGCGGCUGGCGCAGAAGGCCGUGGAGGAGACAGAGCAGGCCUUCAUCGAGAGGAUGGAGGCACUCGCCGAGCAGUGGAGAGACCUGCACGCCAGGAGGGCCCAGCUGAAAGCACACGUGGUGGCAUCGGGGGCGACUGUAAAGGAGAAGGAAAGGCUGCGAACCCAAGCUCUGAAGAAAGCAAAAGAAGAGAGAGAGGAGAAUUCAAAAAAGGAGAGCGAGGCCUUGAGGGCGAGGAUGGAACUGGAAGCCCUGAGGAAACAGCGCCAGAAGCUCUCAAAGAAACUGCAGAAGUACUCCCUGUUCAAGAGGUACCUGGAGGAUGUGGUGGAGAACUCACAGUUCCAUGACAUCGAUGAACUCAUCACCUGCUACAAGGCCCUGCUGAGGACACGCAAGGACCUGCUGCAGUCCCAGUGGUGGCAGCGGCAGCUGAUGGAGCAGGGCAGGGACCUGCAGCAGCAGAUCAGGGCAGAGAAGGAGGCUGAGAUGCUGCAGUGCAAGAACGACCUGGUGCAGCUCAGGAAAUCUUUUGAGCAGGCUCGGAGUGACAUCCACCAGUGGGAGGAUCGCUGGGCCGAGCUGCAGGACAGGGCUGCCAGGAAGGCCACGGAGCUGAAGUCCCUCACCAUGGCCAUCCACAGCAUGUUCCACGCUGCCAGCGCACGGCUGCAGCCGCAGGGCAGGGUGGCAGCUGGGGACAGCCACGGGCAGCUGGACACGAUCCGGCAGCUCAUCCACGACCUCCAGGACUUCACGGAGGACAUGAAGGAGCGUGGCCGAGCUCUGUGAGAGCCGCCCUGCCCGCGAGGGAGCAGCAGGGCGGGCAGGGAAAGGGGAGGACGAGAGAACCCCGCAGAUAUUGCAGACUAAAAAAACAGCAAAUAUUUUAAGGCAUCUCUUCAUUU